AUUUCUUGCUCAUCUAACUAAGGAAAUAAUUUUCUUUUAUUUCCUUCCACGGACGUAAGGCUGCGUUGAAAAUUAAAUCGUUGAAAUUGAAUUCUCUUCGAAUGCAUUUCUUCAAAAUUGCCAAUUGGAUCGCCCUCUUGUUUCUCUGUUUCUCCGCAUUUUAUUACUACCAAACAGGCCAAAUUUCUCACUCGUUUCUUCUCAAUAUGGCUGAAGAAUCCCCCAAAUCCAUAUAUGAUUUCACUGUCAAGGAUAUUCGUGGGAAUGAUGUGUGCCUUAGUCAAUACAGUGGGAAGGUUCUUCUGAUAGUGAAUGUUGCUUCUAAGUGUGGUUUUACGGAUUCAAACUACAAGGAAUUGAAUGUAUUGUAUGACAAGUACAAAAGUCAAGGUUUCGAGAUAUUGGCAUUUCCUUGCAAUCAAUUUGCACGACAAGAGCCAGGAAACAAUGAGGAGAUCCAGGAAACUCUAUGCACAAGGUUCAAAGCAGAAUUCCCCAUCUUUGAUAAGGUCGAGGUUAACGGUAAGAAUGCAGCACCCAUUUAUAAAUUCCUGAAAUUGAAAAAGGGUGGAAUAUUUGGCGAUGGCAUCAAAUGGAACUUCACGAAGUUCUUGGUGAACAGAGAAGGAAAGGUCGUUGACAGAUAUGCUCCUACCACCCCUCCUCUCAACAUUGAGAAAGAUAUCCAGAAUCUAUUGGGAUCUGCUUGAACACAAGGUCAGGAACCAUACACAAUAAACUCCUGCAGUGCUUGUUUAUAUGAUUCGUUUGUUAUGUGAAUGCACUUGUAAACGUUUCUAUGAACAUGUUUUUAUUUUCUCUAGAGGCUGAAUCCACAUUACAUAGUCAUGCUUGAACACUGCUUUUUUUUUUUUUUAUAUGCAAUGGUGAAUUAGUAAGAUUACAG